UGAUCUAGCCGUAACUCAAGCCGAAGUCGCCGUUUCGGACACGGACUAAGUUGUAAAACCAAAUGUAAACAUGGCGGACACGAUAAACUUUAGCAGAAAUAAUGGUUCCUCGUCGAAUAUGACUGAACUUCGAAGCCCGCUGUUGAAUCAAAGUGAGAAUGGAAUAUCGGAGGGAAUUAAUGAAGAUGACAUCUCAGUGAAUACAGAUGAUACAAAUGAGGAGAGUGCAGCGACACAUUGGCAACUCAACUAUCAAGAAGCUGCCAUUUAUCUCAAGGAAGGAGAGAAUAAUGAGCAUUUUACUACCCAUCCCAAGAAUCAAGAUGCAUUACCAGCCUACAUCUUGGUUCAUAAUGUGUGGUUCUAUUUGAUGGACUUUACAGCUGCUUUCCUGUUAUUGGGACUUGCUUUGUGUGAGAAUCCUGCUGUGCCUGUGUUCCAACUCCCAGAAAUAAUCCAUGGUUCGUUAGAGCUGUUCUUGCUGACCAUCACUGCUAUUGGUCUUGGACUAAAGGUCAGAUGGUUAGGAAUCAAGAAAUUCAUCACUCAUAAGAGAACUUUAUUCAAGACUAUUGUUCUGCUUGUGAUGUAUUGUGAAGCCAUCACAGUUCUAGUCCGUCAGAAGAGUCAUUUUAGAAUCACCAGAUCCUUCCGACCAUUCUUCUUGAUUGAUUGUCAUUAUUGUGGAGGUGUCAGAAGAGUACUACGUCAGAUCUUUCAGUCACUGCUUCCAAUUUUAGACGUCAUGCUACUGCUCUUCUACUUCAUGGUCAUCUUCUCCAUUCUAGGGUUCUUCAUCUUUGCCAAUGUAGAUGAUAAGAACUUUGACAGUUUGAUUGACAGUUUCAUCAGUCUCUUCAUUCUUAUGACAACAGCAAAUUUUCCAGAUGUCAUGAUGCCAGCAUUCAAUAAGAGUGGUUGGUCCGUGUUAUUUUUCAUCGUCUUUUUGAUCUUACAACUGUACUUCCUUAUGAAUUUGCUUCUGGCAGUUGUAUACGAUACAUUUACUGGAAUAGAAAAGGCUAAGUUUAAAGCACUGCAUCUACACAAACGCACAGCCGCCAGCAAGGCCUUCAAGUUCUUAUGUAGCCGCAGACAUCCAGGCAAAGUCAGUUUCAACCAUUUUCAAGGCUUGAUGAAAUUCUACCGUCCUCGUUAUAGUAAACGUGAUGUCUUACUGGCUUUCAAAACCCUGAAUACAACCGAUACAGAGCUGCUUAGUAUGUCAGAGUUUCAGGAUAUAUAUGACGUGGUUCAGCUCAGGUGGAAAUUAAAACGAGAUGAUAACAAGGUAUGGUUUGAUGCUCUGAUGUCUCCUUUCAACAAGCCAUUUGAACUACUUCAUCGGUUCGUUACUGGUGACAUAUUCAACUACUUCAUCUAUAUGGUACUGUUUGUUAACGGCAUUGUCUUUAUCUACAAGACGAUAAUAAUCUCAAAUUCUGAUGCCAGAACUAUUGGUGAAGACUUGUUACAGGUUAGCUGGUAUGACUGGACGUUCAUGGGAAUUUACGGAGCGGAAAUAAUUCUCAAGGUAAUUGGUCUUGGAGUUACUGGAUAUCUCAACUCAGGAUGGAAUGUGUUUGAUUUUAUUGUGACGGUCAUUGCGGUGCUGGGAAUCGCUGUUGAAUCUUUAAAUUCAGCUUUUUAUUACCUCGUCAUCCUGCGCCCAAUUAGACUGCUAAGAUUAUUCAAAAUUAAGAAGCGUUAUCGGGACGUCUUUGGAACUUUCUAUGUAUUACUUGGUAGGAUGUUAAGCGUUGGUAUUGUUUUAGUCGUCAUGUAUUACUUCUAUGCUAUUAUUGGAAUGGAAUGUUUCUCUGAUGUUGAACUGAUGAACUGCUGCAAAAACACCAGCUUUGAAGGAUUCUUUAGUAAUUCCUCAUCGUACUACUUUUACCUGAAUAAUUUCAGCAACAUUUUAUACAGCUAUGUGACAUUAUUUGAGCUGACCGUUGUCAACAACUGGCAUGUUAUCAUGUUUGGUUUUGCCUAUACCACCACACAAUGGAGUAGGAUCUACUUCAUACUCUUCUAUCUCUCUAGCUUGGUUGUUGUGACAAUCAUUGUGACGUUCAUCUUAGAAGCAUUUGUCUUCAGGAUGCAGUAUGGACUUAAAAACCCACAAGCAGAUGAUGAAUUCGUUAGUUCUAUCGAAACUGAGAUGACAAUAUCUCUACAAGAGCUGGAGAGAUUUUAUUCUUCAGAGUUAAGGAAGGAUGUUGGAUUGGCUGUACAGCAAACAUUGCUCAGAAAUUUGUCGGAUCGGAUGGCAACAUACAAAGGAUCAAGGAAAAGAACUAAAGCUGAUCUGAGUAAGACCAUGUAUGCUGAUGAAAUUAAGGAAUGGAUAAAACAGCAAGAUAAGACACAUCGCAAAGAACUUCGGCAGUUUCUCGUCAGACAACUUUCUAGGUCAGCCUCCCAACGAUCACUCCCAGUCGUUCCUGAAAUCCUCUCAUCAGACGAUGAUUCAGGCCAAGACAUGUCAGAAGACGACCCAAUAUCCCAGCAAUUGCAGACAUUUCCUGUUGAGAAUCCUGCAGUAUCGAACAAUUAUCAGCAAAAUGAAAGCGAGUUACCUUACUGGGAAAUAGAAGAAGAGAUCAACCGAGUCAAGCAGGCUGAGGGAAGACUACAUCCAAAUUUAAAAAUACGAUAUGAUGUGAGCUUAGAUACCAGAAACAAUUGUCAAUUGAGACCUAAAAGUGAUGAUGAAGAUGAUGAUCAAUUGAUUGCAUUAUGAGAAAUGCGGAGGCAGAGUCCUCCAUGCCAAAUUGCUGCUUGCCCUCUCGAUGAUACAUUACUUUAUUACAAAACUGAGAUACCGUCUUGAACUGUCUUAAUAGUUACUUUGAUGUCCUUCACUCUGCACUCCCUUAAUACAUACCUUGGUUUGCUUCAAAAGCAGCGAACAGCCAAAACCAAGAAACCCAGGCAGUCUUGUGAGAUUCCACACAAUUGGGCCACAAAUUACAUGUCCAUGGAGGGUAGGAUUGUUAUUGUUUUAAAGACACUGGACACAUUUGGUAAUUGUCAAAGACCAGUCUUCUCUCUUAGUGUGUC